AUGGCACGGAUCACACUGAAACAAAAUCAUGAACUUGAGCCACAUGCGUUGGCGGCGGUGCAGGCCAUCGAAGCCAGUGGCGCUGAUUCAUCCACCAUGCGCGGCCUGGCCCACAGCCAGGCGCUGUUUGACAGCUAUUUCAAGUUUUAUAUGCCGGCUCGAGCGGGCACCUCAAUUCCAGAAGAGUUAAUUGAACUGGGUGCAGAACAUGGUUUGACGGAAGAAAAGAUCGCGCAACUUGAUGAGCCAACAAAUUCUUUCAGCGAAGUUGAACGUUUGGCGCUGGAAUAUGCUGAUCGGAUGGCUUUGGAUCAUCACCACAUGGAUGAUGCUUUUUUUGAUCGUAUGCGGGAGCAGUUCACCGAUGAACAGAUCCUCGAGCUCGGCAUGAUGAUUGGGCAAUUCAUUGGGUUUGGUCGAUUACUGAUGGUGCUGGAUCUGGAAUCCAAGUUUUGUCCAGUUGCUGGUGCGGUUGCCGCACCUGACUUAAAAAACAGGUUUCAACAUGGGGUAGCCAGCGGAGAUCCGUUGGGAGACCGGGUCAUUCUCUGGACCAGAGUCAGCGGCGGGGCUGAUAAGCCGGUCGCAGUUCGCUGGGUCAUCGCCACCGAUCAGGCAUUACGGAACAUUGUUAAUCAGGGUGUAGUCACCGCCUUGCCAGAAAGAGACCACACGGUGAAGGUUGAUGCGCUCGGGUUAAGUCCGGGACGCACUUAUUACUACCGCUUUGAUGCAGAUGGUCAGGAAAGCCCGACAGGACGGACGAGAACAUUGCCGGACAGGACCGUAACCCGUCUACGUUUUGCUGUGGUCAGCUGUUCAAACUAUCCGUUUGGCUAUUUUAAUGCCUAUGGUCGUGUGGCUGAACGUGCGGAUGUAGAUGCGGUGUUGCAUCUCGGGGACUAUUUUUAUGAAUAUGCGCCCAAUGAAUAUGGCAGCGGUGAAGAAUUUGGCCGCGUGCAUGAACCAGGUCAUGAAGUGGUCACGCUUGCUGAUUACCGUGUCCGGCAUGCGCAAUACAAAACGGACCCUGACUUACAGGAGGCUCAUCGUCAGCAUCCGUGGAUCUGCGUCUGGGAUGAUCACGAAAGUACCAAUAACAGCUGGCGUGAUGGUGCACAGAACCAUAACCCGGAAUCAGGUGAAGGAAAUUGGUCAACUCGGCGAGCGGUUGCCAUUCGCGCGUAUCACGAAUGGCUGCCUAUCCGUGAACAACCUUCCGCCAACGGCCCGUUUAUUUAUCGCAGUUUUCGCUUUGGACAGCUGGCUGAUCUGAUCAUGCUGGACACCCGCCUGCAUGGACGCAGCCGCCAGCUUGAUGAUCCGAAAGAUACUGCAGGUCUUGCUGAUCCCAGUCGCACGAUUUUAGGGGCGGAUCAGCAGGCCUGGUUAGCGGAGCAGUUACGCGCCUCUAAACGACAGGGAACGACCUGGCGACUGCUCGGCCAGCAGCUCAUGUUUGGACAACUUAUUGGAGAAGAUGGUGUGCUGUUGAACACGGACCAAUGGGAUGGCUAUCCCGCCUCCCGCACAGCAAUUCUCGAUCAACUGGCCGCUGAAUCGAUCAAUAAUAUGGUGGUGCUGACGGGCGAUAUACACACAGCCUGGGCUAUGGAUAUUGCGCCGGAUCCUUUGAGUGAUGGCUAUGAUCCAGGCAGCGGAAAGGGUUCACUGGCGGUUGAGUUUGUGACCACGUCGGUCACCUCUCCCGGACCCCAGGGUGAUGCCGAAGCAUUGGCGGAGCGCGAGCAGGUGAUUAUGGAUACACGUCCACACAUCCAUUAUGUGAAUUUGCGUGAACAUGGUUAUUUGUUGCUGGAUAUCGAUUCAGAACGAACUCGAGGUGAGUUCUGGUUUGUCGACAGCAUAGUCGAGCGCGGAGGUGGCGAGCGCCUUGCGGCAGCGUAUACCACGCAAGCAGGUGCCAAUCACCUGGUCAGAGAUUGA